AUGGCGUCCGGCGCGGCGCGCGCACAGAUGGCCGCUCGCCUGGGCCGCCGGCCAGGAGGUGUCCAGAGCUGGUGGGCGAGCCGCGGGGCGGCGGCCGCCGCCCGGGCUCCGCCGCCAGCGCCCGCCGGCCUGCGCGGGCCCCUGUGGCACGCGGCGGCUGGCGUCGCAUGUCUGGGUCUUCCCCCCGUCGCGCCCGGACCUGCUCUCCAGCCACACGCGGCCUGGCUCGUGGCCUGCAGGGGCCUGGCCGCGCAGAGGCGGGUGGACCCGGACAGGCCCAAGAGGCCCACGAGCGCGUAUCUGCGAUUCCUGAGUGAGUUCCGUUCGCAGAAGCCUGCCGACCUUUCCGGGAAGGACCUCAUGAAGGCGGCGGGAGCCGAGUGGAAGGCGCUGCCCGCGGAGCGCAAGAAGCCCUACGAGGCCGCCUACGAAAAGGAGGCGGUGGUGUACAGGAGUGCUUACGAUCAGUACGUGUCUUCAGGGAAGAAGGACGCGUUCAAGCGAGACCCAGACAAACCCAAGAGACCACUCACAGGUUUCCUGCGGUUUGUGGCUGAGAAGAGGGAGCAAAACAAAGACGCUAAGCCGACGGUCCUAACGAAGGAGGCGAGUGACUCCUGGAAGGGCAUGUCGGAGGCGCAGCGGAAGCCAUACAACGAGGCGUACGAGCUGGACAAGGCACGAUACGCAGAGAAAAUGAAGGCAUACGUUGCAACUGGAAAAGAGGAGGAGUGGAAGGCCAAAGUCGGCAUCAAGACCAUGUCGGAGAAGCUCGAGGAGAAGAAGGCCGCCAAGGAGGCCGCGGCGCUCAAGAGGAAGGCCGAGGCGGAAAAAAAGAAGGCGGCCGCCCAGAAGAAGAAGGACGCGCUGAAGGCCAAGAAGGCCGCCGCCGCGGAGAAGAAGGCCGCACAAAAGGCAGCCGCGGCGGACAAGAAGAGGGCCAAGGCUGCCGCGCUCAAGGCUAAGGCGGCGGAGACCCUGGCCAAGAAGAAGAAGGCCCAGGCGGCGAAGGCAGCUAAGGAGAAGAAGGUUGUCAGCACGGGGAAAGCCAAGUGA